GGAAGAAAAGACCGCGAGUUAAAUUUUAUUUAUCUUCUGAAACAUUGGCCUUGGUGUUGCAUAAUGGCAUCUAAAAAGCCCCAAACUUUACGGAAAAUUUCUUCGAGUGACCCAAAAAAUUUAUCAACUGACAAUGAGGUCAACAGUGGAAAUAACAGUGGUGCGAGGAGGAAAACCAAAACAUCUGGCACAAUUGUGAAGUCCAGGUACAUGCAAACUGAACCAAAGGCUCCUGCAAAGAACAGUGCACAACAGCAGUCAAUCCUGCAGCCUCCCAGACCUUCCUCUCCCAGAGUAGGUGGCACACGAAAACCAAGAGAAGGCGCACCAUCAAGACGCACACUUAGUGUUCUAGCAGACAAGAACUCUCCAUUGAUUACCAGCAUUCUGGAGUCCUCAAAUUUGGGAAGAAAUGUCUUGCAGUCAACUGUGUUGGAUGGCCACUGUAUAUGUCCAGAUUUUGAUGUCUCUGUCAUCAAAGAUAAAGCUGCUCCUCCAAGCACAGCGGACAUUAAAAAUGAUGAAAGGGCCAUGGCGAUGGAGACGUUUUUAUUGGCCUUUCUCACUGCUAAGAUUGAGCAUAAGAAUCAAACACUGAGAGAGGAGGCAGAGAUGAAUAUUCUGACUGUCAUGGAGAAAGAACAGCAGUUGCGCUUGCAAGUUCAUCGCAUGAAACGACAGUAUCUUGUCCUGGAGAAGCAGAAACAGCUCAACAGUUUACUGGAUUUGCAGAUUGAGGCUUUAGGUUCUGUUGCUGCCACAGCAAACAAGUUUUCAGAGGAGUAUAAGUCAUUUGCAACAGCCAUUGAUGCCACAAGGCAUAAGCUACCCAUAAAGAACGUGCAGAUUGGAGAGAACGCCGGACAUUUCUUAGCCAAAGCAGUCGGAUAUCUGAAUCAGAGUGAGCGUGUCUUGCAGCAGUAUACACGGGGCAUUUCCACUGAUAGUGAGGCAUCAGCAGAAUGUCUUGGAGAAAUGAAAAAUUCAGCACAUGAGAUCAGCAAACAAUUGACAAGGACUUUUUCUGAACUUCUGGAGGUGUCUUCGUUAGUAAGCCGUGAGACGGUUUUGAUCCAGCAAUCACUGGAGGAAGACCAGAUUGGACAGGGCACGGCUCAGACUCUCUUCUGUCCCUCCAUGUCAUGAUAUGGUUUAUGAAUAUUUAUACAUGUACAGAGAAAGAAUUCAAUGUUAUUUUGAUUACAUCUUUGUGUCUAGUUUGUCAGACGUUCUUACAAAUUUCUGUUACUUCUUUGAAAUAACUUUAUUAUGUAAUCAUUAAUUAGGAUUGUCGAGAUAAAGCUGUGAAUGUUUUAAUAAAUUCAAUUUAGUUUUUUUAUAUAUACAAUAACAAGAGUUUUUUCCAACAUCUUGGAAAACAAUAAAUGUACGUCCUUUUGAAUUCAUUUUUACAGCAUUAUUUAAAGUCAAACUGAGAAUAACAUUCGCAUUACACUGUAUGAUAAAUAUAAUCUAUCACUGUCUGCAUUGCUGUUCUUAUUUAAUUAUUCAUUUUAGAGGCCUUACACAUUACUAAAACGAAUUCAUUUGCCAUAUGAUUUAUCUAAUAGUCUUUACAUGUUUUCAUGAGGUAAAAUAUAAUGUUCCAUUUGU